AUGUCGCAGAAUAAGUUUCAACUGAAGUUUACAGUUCUGAAUGCUAAGCUCUCAAGCAGUUCCGUCUUUAAGCCUGACCCUUAUGUAGCGCUCACCGUGGACAACUCCUCAACCAGCACGCAAAAAACUGAUUACAAUCGCUCUACAAAUAAUCCGGAGUGGAAUGAAACGUUUUAUCUCUCGGUAUCGCCUUACUCUCAAAUAUCUCUCAAAGUAUUCAACCGUAACUCGUUGAAAAAGGAUGUCUUGAUUGGAGAAGCAGUUCUUGACAUCUUUGAUGUUCUACGCAAAAAUAAUGGAACUUUUAAUAAAUUAAAACUCGCCUUAACACUAAAGCUUCCACCUAAUAACCACAAGUCAAUUAUUUCUAAUCGCGGACCAAGCAACUUGUCUAUUAGUCUAGAUGGUUUAGUCGUGGACAUGUCCCAGUUUCCUGAGAAGGAACUUUCCAGUCUUGAAGAUCGACAAAGUGAUACAACGAUUGCUGCAAGCACCAUAACUCCGUCUACUUCAUCUUUAAACUUUGAUUCUCAGCCUAGUACAUCUACAGUAUACGAAACCAACAAUGUGAUUGCUGAAAUUACUAGCUCAUUGCCCAAGUGGUCAGUGAAAGAUCCGCUCUCUUCAUCAGCUGCCGCUGCAGCCGCCGCUGCUCCGGUGGCGACGGCGGCGAAUGCUCCAACUGCAAAUGUUCCAGCUGUAGCAGUUAAUCCAGCUCCUACAGCAGUCAAUUCCACUGCAGUUGCAAGUGUACUUCCGCCGGCAAACUUGCCUGGCAGUAGUGCCAGCGCAAAUGAACAACAUCCAUCAGUUAGCCCUUCUCGAACUCCGUCUGCACCUAUGCCUUCCACUUCGGGGACCACUCCUCCAAUGACUAAUGGGCAGCCGCCGAAUCGAUCCAAUGCUCCAGCAGCGCCAGUUGAAGAGGCUCUUCCUGCUGGCUGGGAGAUUCGGUUUGACUCCUAUGGGAGGAAAUACUAUGUUGAUCACAAUUCCAAGUCUACGACAUGGCAGCGACCAUUACCUCUACCCAGUGGUUGGGAAAUGCGAAAAGACAAUAAAGGACGCAUCUACUACGUCGAUCAUAAUACCAGAACCACAACAUGGCAGCGACCAACUCCUGAACAUGUGCGCAACUAUCAACACUGGCAAUCUCAGCAAGGUACAGUCAUGCAGCAGUGUGGGCAGCGAUUCCUCUACGACCAAUCAGGAAAUGGAGCCGUAGCUAAUGGCCUUACCAAUGGACAAGCGCCUGAAGAGGAGGCAUCUCCGCUGCCUGAAGGCUGGGAAAAGAGAACGGAUCCCAACGGCCGGGUGUACUAUGUGAAUCACAAAAACAAGACAACCCAAUGGGAAGAUCCCAGAACACAAGGAAAGGAAACUCCACCCCUCGCUGAGUUGGCCUUGCCUCAGGGCUGGGAGAUCAAAUACACUCCAGAUCAUCAGCAAUAUUUUGUGGACCACAACACGAAGACGACCACCUUCCAAGACCCACGAAAGGCGAACGGACAGUAUGGAGUGCCCGCCACCUAUGAGCGGUCGUUCCGGUGGAAGUUGACGCAGUUUAGAUACCUGUGUCUUUAUAAUGCCUUGCCCAGUCACAUCAAAAUUCAAGUUUCCCGAACAAACAUAUUUGAAGAUUCAUUUCACGCAAUAAUGCGAGUGCCUCCACACGAAUUACGAAGACGACUAUUUAUUACCUUCCGAGGUGAAGAAGGACUCGACUACGGUGGCAUUGCCCGAGAGUGGUUCUUCCUUCUCUCUCACGAGGUCCUCAAUCCAAUGUACUGCUUGUUUGAGUAUGCAAGCAAGAACAACUAUUCCCUUCAGAUUAACCCGGCAAGUUCUGUUAAUCCUGAUCAUCUUCUGUACUUUCGAUUCAUUGGCCGAUUUAUUGCAAUGGCACUUUUCCAUGGAAAGUUUAUCUACUCUGGAUUUACGCUUCCCUUCUACAAGCGAAUGCUAGGAAAGAAGCUAGUGAUGAAGGACAUUGAGUCUAUUGAUCCAGAGUUUUACAACUCCUUAAAAUGGAUAAAAGAAAACUCUGUCGAUGAUUGUGGUCUUGACCUGUACUUUUCGGUAGACUUCGAAGUACUUGGACAGAUCCAGUCGCAUGAACUAGUUCCAAACGGUGGUGAUCUACGCGUCGACGAUGAAAACAAGGAAGAGUAUCUGCGACUAAUGACUGAUUGGCGAUUCAGCCGAGGUCAAGAAGAGCAAACUAAGGCGUUCUUGGACGGAUUCAACGAGGUGCUGCCUCUUGAGUGGCUGCACUACUUUGACGAACGCGAGCUGGAGCUUUUGCUCUGUGGCAUGCAGGAGAUUGACAUUGAAGAUUGGCAGCGAAACACCAUUUUCCGACACUACACUCGCAACUCUCGGCAGAUCAUCUGGUUCUGGCAGUUUGUUAAAGAAGAGUGCGACAAUGAAAAGCGCGCUCGUCUACUUCAGUUUGUAACAGGCACAUGCCGUGUUCCGGUCGGCGGCUUCUCCGAGCUAAUGGGCUCCAAUGGUCCGCAACGGUUCUGCAUUGAGAAAGUCGGCAAAGAGAACUGGCUACCGCGAAGUCAUACUUGUUUUAAUAGAAUUGACCUUCCACCGUACAAAUCUUAUUCGCAAUUAGUGGAAAAGUUGAACUUUGCAAUUGAAGAAACUGAGGGAUUUUCACAAGAAUAA